GAGGGGAGCGAUCGCAGGAGGAGGGAGCAGCCUCGGGCGGCUGGCGACUAGGAUGGGAGUGCGGGGCAAGCGCGCGGCGCCCAGGGUCACGGCCGCCGCGGAGUCUGCGGGGCGCGAAGCCAGCGCCCGGCGCUUUUAAAGCCGGGAUCGUGGUGCGCUCCUGGCGCGGGCGGCGGCCGGAUGGAGAGGAAGGGCUUGGCGGCCCGAGCCUCGGGGAACCCUAGCCCGCCCGCGCUGGGCGAGGGGCCGCGGCCCGUGCCGCCACCGUGCGUCCCGGGUGGCGGAGGAGCCCCAGAACGGGGCCAGGCUGGGGCGGCGGCCGAGCCCGCGGAGCUCAUCCGGCGCGCGCACGAGUUUAAGAGCCAAGGGGCACAGUGCUACAAGGACAAGAAAUUCCGUGAAGCCAUCGGCAAAUACCACAGAGCGUUGCUGGAGCUGAAGGGGUUGCUGCCGCCCCCAGGGGAGCGGGAGCAGGACCCGCGGCCAGCUUCCCCGGCCGGGGUCCCCAAACCCAGCUAUCUCUCGGAGGAACAGAGCAAGACGGUUGAAGCCAUCGAGAUCGACUGCUACAACAGCCUGGCAGCCUGCCUGCUCCAGGCUGAGCUGGUAAAUUAUGAGCGAGUCAAGGAGUAUUGCCUGAAGGUCCUGAAGAAGGAAGGAGAGAACUUCAAGGCCCUUUACAGGUCUGGUGUGGCCUUCUAUCAUCUUGGGGACUAUGACAAAGCUCUUUACUACCUAAAAGAAGCAAGGACCCGACAACCAACAGACACCAAUGUGAUUCGGUACAUCCAGCUGACGGAGAUGAAACUCAGCAGAUGUUCCCAAAGAGAGAAAGAAGCCAUGUGACGGGAGGCCUCUGUCGAGCCGCGCCCAUACCUGACUAGGGCCUUCCAGGCACCCUUGGUGGAGAGUCCCUGUGGGGGUUCUCUUCCCUCUCUCCCUAGUUCUUCCUGAAGUACUCCUCCUUCCUGUUGCUCCCCAGCUCAGUCUACUCGUGUGAAAAGGUGAGGAGCACUCCUGGACCUUGGUGGGUGGCCCAAACUUGGACUCAUCCUCUUCCCUAGCAGGCCGGCAAACAGCACAGCUGGAAAAGAGUGUCAUGGAUUGGGUGCAGAUGGCACUGUGGCUUCAGCUUGGGCCUGGCAGGUGUGAGCAUCGGACAGUCUGGACUCUCUACACCUUCUCGAUGAACCAGAGCACCUUGAGGAAACUGAAAGAAGUCUGGCACUGAUGGAUGGGAGAGGCAUUGCUUGCUCCAACGCUGAGACUGUGAAUUUCCUUUCUUCCCCUCUGUCACCUGAGCCCUUGCCACACCCCCUUACUUGUCCAGGCUUGUAUUUUAUUCUCUCCCAUUGGGAGGUCAGAUCCUUGCCAAGAUUCACAUACCAUUACGACCCACUCUCCGUGCCCUCUGGUGACCACACAUACCAUUCCCCCGCCUCCCAGCCAGCAGGCAGCUGUGACAGCAGAAGAGCAGGGUGACAGGGGCCAAAUGUUGGGGGCAGAGCAGACAGUGUAGGUGACGAGCAGGGAAAGAUGACGUGGAGGGGAAAGAAAGAGCCUUGGGUGGGCUGAGGGACUGGGCUAAUCAGUGUAAAUAAACACGAGUUCCCAGGCAUCAGUUCCUGUCAUUUCUGUUGAACAUGGUCCACUCCCUCACUGCUCUUCCCUACAGCUUCCCCUAAAUCCAAUGACUGUUAGUCCAGGACUAAGCGUCGUGUUGGCCACAGCCUUUGUGCUAUUAGGAAUAGGCUGGGAUUGUGGAGACUGCUCCAGGACCUGGCUUUGUGAGAAUUUGUCCAGACCCCUUUUGUGACAACAUUACCUGAACUCGUUACCUAGCACAUACCAAAUUUUUGUUGAAUGGAUACAUUUUGACUGCAGACUGACUCUUCUGCCUUAAACUAAUUGGGUCCCAGCCUGGUCUCGCAUAUGCUUUUAUGCUAUGCCGUGUAGAAACAUCUCCUGGGGGCUUACAGUCCCCGCCCCCAGUGUAGUAUAGGAUGUAGUCCCAGCCUUCACAGAAACAGGAAAGCUGAGAAAUCCAUAUGAGAUUAUUACCAAUGACACCACUAAUGUAUAGGAUGCUUAAACAUUUUCAAGGCACUUUCAUGUAUUUUUCGUGUGACUUAGUGAGACACUGUUGUAUAAAAUUAAAAUAUAUACAGAUGCAAUAAUGUUAAUAGUUAGGAUUUAUUAAAUGCUCUAUCUUCAGAUCUUUA